AUGCUGCAGAGGAUGCGAAGUUUGUGCUGGUUGCUGCUGCCGCUGGUUGCUGGGAUCCAUCCAGAAUGCAAGAUAUUCCAGCAGGUGGUGAAAGAGGAGACCCUCUGCUUAGAAAAGAAUGAAUCUGUUUCACCUGAUCUUCAAGGAUGUGCCAGGGAGUGGGAUGGUCUAACCUGCUGGCCCAGAGCUGCUUUUGGGGAAGUGGUUAAAGUUCCCUGUCCAAGAUUUUUUGAAGAAAUCACCAAUAUCCAUGGCUUCCUUCUGAGAAACUGUACAGAGGAGGGAUAUUGGUCAGAGCCAUUCCCACCAUACACUGUUGCCUGUGGAUUUGAUGAAAGUUCCAGCAAAGGACCUGAGGAUCAGAAAUCAUAUUAUUCUGCAUUUUGGCGUGUCUACACUGCUGGCUAUGCAGCAUCAGUGGCUUCACUCCUUACAGCUCUAAUUGUCUUUGCUGCCUUCAGAAAAUUCCACUGCACACGGAAUUACAUCCAUAUGCACCUGUUUGUCUCCUUUAUCCUGAGGGCAAUUGCUGUUUUCACCAAAGAUGCUGUUUUGUUUGCAGAUGAGACUAUGGACCACUGCCUAAUGUCAACGGUUGCUUGUAAGGCUGCUGUGGCAUUCUUCCAGUUUAGUAUUUUAGCAAAUUUCUUCUGGCUUCUUAUAGAAGGGAUAUACCUGCAGACACUGCUUUUGCUGACCUUUGUCUCAGACAAGCAGUAUGUAUGGUGGUUCAUAUUUACUGGCUGGGGAGCUCCCACUGCUGUGAUGUUUACUUGGGUCCUCACAAGAAUCCAUCAACAAAAUACUGGGUGUUGGGAUGAUGAUGAAAAUGGAGUGGUGUUAUGGGUCAUCAAAGGUCCCAUUCUGCUAACUGUAUUAAUUAACUUCAUUAUAUUUAUUAAUGUGAUCAGAAUUCUAGUCCAUAAAUUGAAGACUCAAGAGGGAGGAGGGAGCCAUUCAGGCCACUUUGUGAGACUUGCUAAAUCCACAUUACUCUUAAUCCCCCUCUUUGGAGUGCACUAUGUUGUAUUUGCAUUUUUCCCAGAAAGCACAGGUCUGGAAGCUCGCCUUUAUAUUGAGCUGGGCUUGGGUUCUUUUCAGGGUUUUGUUGUAGCUCUUCUAUAUUGCUUCUCAAAUGCAGAGGUUCAAAGUGAACUGAAGAAACAACUGUGCAAGUGGCAGCAUCGAGAAUACCUGAACUUCAUACACAAACACAGGGCUUUGUCCAGAGAAAACAGCCCAGUCAACUAUGUCACUCAGUUGUCAUUGCUUGAAAAAAUCAGUCCAACAAGGAAAACAACUGUGUACCAGAAUGGUGUCACUUCUGUCUGA